UUCGUUUCUCUACUCUGCUGCUUCUCCUUACCCGCCAUGUACAGAGGUCCCGCUAUUUACUCGGACAUUGCUGUCCAGCAACAGCUCUUGCACCAACAAUCCUCCUACUCUACUCCCGACACUCCUGCCCAAAUCGCUGCCAACCACUUAAACAACUUUGUGGCCAACUUCAAUCAACAAAAUUCGCAGAACGCAAACAGCAACAAUGGCGAUAAUGGAAACAAUUUAAAUAAUGGUAAUAAUGCAAAUAAUGGUAACAAUAAUAAUAACAACAACAACAAUAUCAACAAUAAUAUCAACAAUAAUAUCAACAAUAACAAUAACUUAAACAACUUAAAUAACUUGAACAACUUGAACAACUUGAACAACUUGCACAAUAAUCCUUAUUCUCAUUCACCUCAAUAUACCCCUGUCUCUCAACAACAAUUGCAACAGACAAUGAACGCUGCUCAACUAGCCGGUCAACACUCUGUUCAAUCUCAUAAUGCUCAAUCAAAACCAAGACCACUGCUUCAAUCUCAACAAUCCCAACAAUCCCAACAAUCUCUGUUACAAAUCAAUUCCAAUUCUAACUUGCAAUCUCAGCAACAACAAAAAUUACAAUCCCAAUCUCAAUCUCAAUCUCAAUCUCAAUCUCAAUCUUCUGCAACACCUACCCCUUCUGCAAAUCAAUCAACUCUAUCAGUUCAAGACUCCUAUUCUAUCACUUCUAACAAGGCCCUAGAUGACAAAAACGUCUACAAAUGGCUUAUCGAAUUCAUUUAUGGCCCCAAUAAAGAACAAGCCCUAUUAGAAUUGGGCAAAACAAGAGAAAGAUAUGACGAUUUAGCUUUAGUCCUUUGGCAUUCCUUUGGUGUCAUGUCUUCUCUACUUAAUGAAAUCACCUCGGUCUACCCACUACUAGAUCCUCCAACUUUGUCUCCUACUGCUUCCAACAGAGUCUGCAAUGCCCUAGCUUUACUCCAGUGCGUAGCCUCUCAUCCCGAUACUAGAAUCCUUUUCUUAAAUGCUGACUUACCUUUAUUCCUAUACCCUUUCUUAAACACUGAUUCAAAAUCAAGAUCCUUUGAAUACUUGAGACUUACCUCCUUGGGUGUCAUUGGGGCCUUAGUUAAAAACGAUUCUCCAGAUGUUAUAUCCUUCCUAUUAAACACUGAAAUCAUUCCUCUUUGUCUUAAAAUCAUGGAAUCCUCAACUGAAUUAUCGAAAACAGUAGCUAUCUUCAUCGUCCAAAAAAUUCUACUAGACGACAACGGUUUAGAAUACAUUUGCCAAACAAUGGAAAGAUUUAACGCUGUUAAUACUGUACUAAACUCAAUGGUUGAUCAACUUGUUAAACAUCAAACUGCAAGAUUACUAAAACAUGUAGUAAGAUGUUAUCUUAGAUUAAGUGAUAAUCAAUCUGCUAAAAAUGCCUUAAUCACUUGUUUACCAAACCCUUUACGUGACUCAACUUUUAAAAUAAUUCUAAGAGAAGAUCCAAAUACAAACAAAUGCCUUCAAACUUUACUAUCAAACUUGAAUCAAAAUAACUAAUACAUCACAAUAUUCCUCCUAUUCUUAUCUAAUCCUUCUUUAUCAUAUUUACCCUCAUGUCAAUCAUAUUAUAUCCUUUCUAUUUCUCCAUUUUUUUCUCUUACUACCAUUUCACUCCUCUGUUUAUAUGUACCAUAUAAUUUAAACUCUUCAAUAAAAAAAAAUAAAAAAAA